GAUUUUUUUUUUCUCUUUUUUUUCAGCAGUUUGUCCUGUAGGGAUGAAUCAAUGAAAAGUGAUGGCAUCUGUGAAUCAGAGCCAAAGGGUGAUGGCAUCUAUUUCAGAGCAGCUUCUGGCUGCGGUGGAUGAUCUAGGCACAGAUCAACUGAAGAGGUUUAAAUGGCGCUUAAAGAAUCAUUACAGUUUUUCAGCCACUGAUCUGGAGAAGGCAGAUGCACCUGACACAGUGGAUCUGAUGACAAAGCGUUUUGGACCAGAAGAAGCUGUGAAGAUCUCGGUGGACAUCCUGAGGAAGAUGAACCAGAACCAUGUGGCUGAAGAGUUAGAGAAGAAUCUCAAGCAAGCUCAGGCUGAUAUCAGUAUUGAGGAUCCUGCCCCUGUUGGAGCCAAAUUAAAACCGAUCAAAGUCACAUUCAUCAGCAUUGUUCCCAGGACCAGGAACGACUUCCUACAAUAUUCCCAUCAUCUCACUCUGGAUCUGAACACCGUGAAUAAAAACCUUCGUCUGUCUGAGAGCAACAGAGUGAUUACUCAUACUUGCACAGUCCAGCUGUAUCCUGAGCAUCCAGACAGAUUUGAGAUUUUGUGCCAGGUGUUGUGCAGAGAGAGUAUGUGUGGACGCAGUUACUGGGAGCUGCAGUGGAGUGGAUUUAGUGUAUUUAUAUCAGUGUCAUAUAAGAGCAUCGAAAGGGAGCGAUCGGGUGAUGAGUGUUUGUUUGGACGUAAUGAUCAGUCGUGGAGUUUGUCAUGUUUUCCCUCUAAAUACUCAUUCUGUCACAAUAAGAUAGAAACUGGUCUCCCUGUGAGACCCAUCAGCAGUAGAAUAGGAGUUUAUGUGGAUCACAGUGCAGGAAUACUGUCAUACUACAGCAUCUCGGACACAAUGAGCCUCAUCCACACAGUCCAGACCACAUUCACUCAGCCGCUCUAUCCUGGGAUUUAUGUUUGUCCUGGAUCGUCAGUGAAACUGUGUUGAUGAAUCAGAAUAGAUGGACGAGAUUCUACCCAUAAUCCAUUGAGCUGCUUGAUAAGUCAGUUACAGUGAGAUGUUGUUAGGUCUCUUCUAAACAUUAAUACUGCAGCUGAACUUCUGUCAGUGAAAAAACAUUUUAACACAGAAUUAAAGUGUGUAAUAAAUCCUCAUAUAGACA